CCGUGGCCUUUACUAAACUGCACCCCAGGGCGGGAGGAGGUCUCGCUCCUCUGCGCCCUCCCUCGCAAAGGGUUAAUUUUCCUGAUCGCACGAGGGGGAGGAGAUUUCCCUGUAGACGAGUAAAAAGGGUGAUGGACAAACGUGCGGGCACUAAGACCGCAAGGCAUUCAUUUCCUCCUACGGUGGAUGCGGACGCCGGGAGGAGGCGAGCCCCACGGCGGCGAGGAGCUGGGCGCCGAGGCACAGGCAAUGCUCCACCCUGGAUGUAGCUGAGAGAGAGCACGUAGCGACUCCGAAGAUCAGCCCCAAUGAACAUGUCAGUGUUGACUUUACAAGAAUAUGAAUUCGAAAAGCAGUUCAACGAGAAUGAGGCCAUCCAGUGGAUGCAGGAAAACUGGAAGAAAUCUUUCCUGUUUUCUGCUCUGUAUGCUGCCUUUAUAUUUGGUGGGAGGCACCUAAUGAACAAACGGGCGAAGUUUGAACUGAGGAAGCCGCUAGUGCUCUGGUCUCUGACCCUUGCAGUCUUCAGUAUAUUCGGUGCUCUUCGUACUGGUGCUUAUAUGGUAUACAUUUUGAUGACCAAAGGCCUCAAGCAGUCAGUUUGUGACCAGAGUUUUUACAAUGGACCAGUCAGCAAAUUCUGGGCUUAUGCAUUUGUGCUCAGCAAAGCACCGGAACUAGGAGAUACAAUAUUCAUUAUUCUGAGGAAGCAGAAGCUGAUCUUCCUGCACUGGUACCACCACAUCACUGUGCUCCUGUACUCUUGGUACUCCUACAAAGACAUGGUUGCCGGGGGUGGUUGGUUCAUGACUAUGAACUACGGCGUGCACGCCGUCAUGUACUCUUACUAUGCCUUGCGGGCUGCAGGUUUCCGAGUCUCCCGGAAGUUUGCCAUGUUCAUCACCUUGUCCCAGAUCACUCAGAUGCUGAUGGGCUGUGUCAUUAACUACCUGGUCUUCUACUGGAUGCAGCAGGACCAGUGUCAUUCUCAUUUUCAGAACAUCUUCUGGUCCUCACUCAUGUACCUCAGCUACCUUGUGCUCUUCUGCCAUUUCUUCUUUGAGGCCUACAUCGGCAAAAUGAGGAAAACAACGAAGGCUGAAUAGUGUUGGAACUGAGGAGGAAGCCAUAGCUCAGGGUCAUCAAGAAAAAUAAUAGACAAAAGAAAAUGGCACAAGGAAUCACACAUGGUGCAGCUAAAACAAAACAAAACACACGAGCAAACACAGAACCCGAGGCAGCUGAGGGAUAAUUAGAUUGACAUAACCCAGUAAGUUUAUGAUCCUUUUCGGGUGAGAACUCACUGAGUGCACCUCCAUCUCCAAGCACUGCUCCUGGCGACCCCCUUCCCUCCUUCUGUCACCUCCAGAACAAAUGAGCGCUAAAGGGAGCCAGAGACAGAGAGGGACGAGCAGAAGGCAAACAAAGGCUAUUAACACUACAUGAAACAAAUGUAUUUACUAGGUGUUCUAUUUCUCUAAGGAUGAAAAAAUUUGACUUUAAGAAACCGCGAGUGCACGUAGACACACAGUCCAUUCUCAUCUACUUCAGCACGAAAUUGGAACCAAUAGGAGAGAGACCAACGGAAGAGACAGGGUGUAGAUCUAGAACGAUAAUACUUUUGCAGAAAUGAAGCUUUGUUAAGAAAGGCUAACUGGCGUAGCCCCUGUGAGAAAAGAUGUCUUAGUCAUUUUUUUUUUUUAAUUUCAAUGUAGAGGGGAAAAAAAAAGAGCAGUAUUUUUCCCUUGACUGCAUAGCCUCAUGUUAAAUGAGUUUGCCAGAACCAAACAGGGCAGGGUCCUUUUCCAAGGUUCUUCCAGGGAGGAUGGGGACAAUGCAGCCUGGGUCCUCCAAGGGCGGCUCCGUCCCAGAGCGUGUGUGACAGAUGGUCUGUGAUUUCUACUCUUACAUGAGACAGGAAGCAUUAUCCUUUGUUCAGUUGCCCCAGACAGAAGAGUGAAAUACAGAAUCAGAACUAUGAAAACUCCCUCUUAGCUGGGAAAGGAGGCAAGACGACGGCAAGAGAAGUGAACCGGAAAUCAACUCCACAGACGACACAUAUGCCCCUCCCUCUUUCACUUCACACAUGCUCAUUGCUUUCCAAAUGAAACCCUAUGGCACAGUCCAUAUGUUCUCUAUUUUUGUGAAUCUCAAAAAGAAACCUGCAAGACUUUUUCUGAUAUAGGGUGAACACUGUGUUUCUGCAUCAUCUGCACUUGCUCCCCAAGCAAUGUAGAGAUGUUUAAAGUGCCCUCUGCUGGCCGAGUGGAGAUACUGCGACAAACGUGCUUCAUGGCAAGUUUGGCUGAAAACCAUUGACAACAAGGGCCCCCUAUAGACAUAUCCGUCAAAUUUUAGACACUGUAAAACACUCCUCAUAUUUUUGGCCAAAUCAGAAGACAUUCGUCCUGCUUCAAAUCAGUUUCAGAAUUUUUUUAAAAGGGACUUUUCGCUCUGGAACUCAGAAAAUCAAUUUAUGAAGAGCCAUAUUCUUUAAACAAACAAAAUGCUAGAUGAUAUUAUCUGUAAUAUUCCAGUCCUUUACACAAGCCAAAUAAAUGUGUCAAUGUUCCUAGUAUUUCAAAGAAGCAAUUAUGUAAAGUUGUUCAAUGUGAUAUAAUAGUAUUCUAAUUGGUUAAGUAGCUUAAUGAUUAGGCAAAAAUAGAUGAAAAGAUUAGGGGCUACCGCACUGCAUAGAUUAUACACACAUACACAUAUAUGCACACUGUUGUUGGGUACACUGAACUUCGAAGCCCAAAUGACUAGAAACACAUUUUCUGGCUAGCAGAAAAAGAAACUGUUGUUUAUCUUUCUUGCUUUAUUUGAGAGUGUACAGUAAAAGGGAUUUUUCAAAUUAUUUUUAUAUUAUUUUAGCUUUAAUUGUGCUGUCAUUCAUGAAACAGAGCUGCUCUGCUUUUUCUGUCAGAGAUGGCAAGGGCUUUAUCAGCCUCUUGUUUAUGUGUGGAACUUCAAAAGAAUAAAGUUGUAUUCCAUUCUGUGUGAAUGGCUUGAACAAUGAACAGAGGAUCCAUGCAAACCCAAGUCAUGACGACAAGCACUGGUUGGGGGGAACGCGCACGAAGGGAGGCUGUUAGCGUCUGUGUGAAAAGUUACUGUGAGAGGUCUAUGAUGUCUUGAUGUUGUUUCAGAGGUGAGCCGUGAUCCAUGGAGGAAUGUAUUAUUAGUAUUACGGCAAAAACUGACAUGAGCUGAAAGGACAGGUCCUGCUAUGACAACUGAUAGGUUCUUAGGAUGCCAAUAAUGUUAUUAUGAGCUUUGCAGAUACAUGAUACUGUGCAAUAAGCCUUCCCCUCCUUAUAACAGAAAAGUAACUGGAAUAAUUAAAGUGAGGGAAAAGGCCCCGUAACAGUUGACUUGAGUUUAAUUGAAGGACCAGUUUGAGGCUCAUCUGGUUGACUUAAUUUAAUUAUUCUGUGGAUGAUCACAGAUCCUUUAAUGCAGGUUAGAAUGAAGAAAUGAGCCUAAACCUUACAAAGACUCUUCAACGAAGCUUCCAAAGCACUUUCCUCUGGGUUAGGCUCACGCCUGUGUCCACUUGUAUAAUAAUUUAGAACUUUCGUUUUCAGGUUGAGUGUCUAAUAAAUAGUUUUUAAACUAGCUAAACAGUUGUAGAGGCAUUUCCAGUGUUUAUCAUGGGAGGAAGAAAGCCACACAUUUAAAAAAAAAAUCUGGUAUUACAGGUUCAGUGCACUGUUUAACAUCUCAGCUCAGCCACUUUAAUUACAUCAUGAUAUGAGGCUAGAUCGCUGGCCCAUGACAAGCCUAAAACCUGCCAGAGGAUUGACUGCCACAUAGAUAAUCCUGCUGUCGGUUAACAUUCCAGAAAAACAUGGGCAGGUAGAGUUUUUACAGCCGCCCCACUGUGCGGCAAUAGAUAUCUUUCUAGCAGAGAUUCUCCACUGCAUUCCAAUACAAAUAUGGUAAAAGCAUAUUCUGGCUUGGGGAAAAACUCCACAAAUCUUUGAUAUAAUAUAUAUAAGUAUAUAUGAUUUCUUACCCUAGGUCUGAGCAUCAACCCAUGUCUGUGAGUUUGCAAUGAAAUCCUAGUGAGAAAUACUCUAUUCAUAGAGCAGGGAGUAUCAUCCGGACCUUCUUUUACAACUGAGAAAAGAGUCACUACCAUAUUAUUUAUAUCCAGUGCCAGACCAAAGCACCCAACUAAAAUCAAGGAUUGAGGUUAUGAUUCCAGGUAAUCUACUGCCAGCCUUCUAAUCCUAGCCCACUAUGAAAAUGAGGGGAAGAGGGAGACUAUGUCAAGAAACCAGUUAGUCUAGUGAGCAAUGUAUCUAAGCGUAAGUUGGAAACGUCAUCUGAGUGGGUUUUUAGAGAACUGAAUGGAAAGACAGUAUGAAACUAAGAGAACAGGUCUAGGAGAGAACCUCACAUAAUUUAAAAAAAAAAAUCAAGUGUAGUAUGUUUAUAAGACAAAGCCUGUCACAACAGAGUAACCAAGCACCUGGAGUCAACUACACUGGAGACAAGUAUUCUAGAAGUCUGGCUGUAUUCCUAAACUGCUGAAUGACCUGGGAGAGAUCGCCUACUCAGGUUACUUAUCUUUUCUUUAGACUGAUAGAGCAGGUUCUACUCAGAGUAUGUAUUGCACAACUAAGUUAGCUACAGCACAUUCUGACGGUUUGGCUUGGUUUUGUUUCACAGUUUGGUUAAUGAUUCUUUAUAAGAGUUGCUGGAUUGGCCAGGUGCACUGUCAGGAGAGAUGACCAAACAGACUUAGCCUCUCAGCUUCAGAGCUUGGAGUUGUGUACUCAUGGUCCACGUCUCUUUUAGACACUUUGUUUCCCUGAAAAAGUUUCCAUCAUGAAACUUUUGCUCCAUUGUGUGAGAAUUUCAUGAUGGCCUCCAACUUUCCAGUACUCCAAUGUAGUCUUUUUUCCCCCCAACCUUUGUUUUCAAUAAUAAAUACUUUGCUAUCUGGGAUGAUCGGAGAGCCUGUGUUCGUGCUGUGGGUCAUUGUCUCCUACGGCUUUUUUUUUUUUCUUUUUAAGUUUUCUUUGGUCCCUUUUCUAUUUAUGUACAACACCUAAUCUUUGUGCCUCAGACCCGUUGCCAUGAGGAAGAGAUGUUGCUACAAAUGCACCACCGCCUUUUGCCUGUCGUGUAGAUGCACACGCUGAGCGCUGAACACCACCCUGUUGUGUUCCGACAAUCAGUCUGAAGGGCCGGGUCUCAGUUCGCCAAGGAGCCAACAGCCUCUGUACACUAGUGCCCAAAAGCUACAUAAAACAAAUACGAGUGCAGGACCAGCAUAUCCCAGGAUGCCUGCUGUGCCCGAUUGUAGUUACAAGCAUGUGCAAGCCGUGCGGCAGGUUCUCAAGCUGGAGAGGCCAGCUGAGGGCCCCUGUGCCCAGCACGGACGACUUCACAACGGUUUCUCAUCCUCAGAGCCUUUGCUAUAUCAGAAUUCACAGAAGAAAGUGGGCGUGGUGAUGAGGCACCCCUGCUCCUGCCUUCCGCGUUCUAAAGAGAGUGCAGACGAUGCGCUAGCGGUCCAGACGGCCCCUUGGAGCGCAGCCUCGCACCUUGGGUUUCUAGGGUGGACCGGCAGAAGUCCCAGUCACAUAGACUUCACUGGAAGCCCAAAUUCCCGUCUGUUGUGGUAAAUACCUUCUAAAGAUACUGUUUAAGUGAAAGAAACUUGUCCCGUUAUCCAGGGUCAAGCCACAUUUGCAAUCCAUGUAGGCUCAAAUUGAAAGAUCCUGACUCCUGUUGCUAUUUAAGUGCUGUUAUUUUCCCCACGCCUGGUGGCGCUUGAGCCUCCCUUUCAGUGGACAGAGGUCAAGAAGGCUACAGAAGUAGCCCAAAUGUGCUCUCUCUGACCGUGCUCGCCUCAGGCAGGGAUGUCUGUCGGGGGCUGUGCAGCCAGGAGGUUGCUUGCUGCUACCUUGAGAACCACUGGAAGAUUCAGCUUCUUAGGGGCCCCAGCGUCUCUGUUCAGAUGGAUGCCCACUCGGAGAAGCCUCACAGAGCAAAUCACAGCAAUGUUGGAAUUGUUAUUUUCAAGUGCUUAUUUCACAACAUUAAAAGAAAUAUUUUUUCUGGUGUAUUAAAAAUAAAAUCAUAAAUUUUGAUUUAAAAUCGAA